AUGUACUACACCCCUGUGCUAGUGUGUUUGGGGUGUAUUGGCAAUGUUUUAUCCGUGUUUGUUUUCUUUCGAACAAAAUUGAGAAAACUAAGCUCGAGUUACUAUUUGUCUGCAUUGGCUAUCAGUGAUACGAUUUUCCUGUUGUCGCUGCUGAUCAUGUGGCUGAAUUUUUAUGGGAUUCGUAUAUCAAAUGAGCCUGGAAUGUGUCAACUGCUAGUGUACGCUUCGGGCGCCAGCAGUUGCAUGAGUGUGUGGUCCGUCGUGGCUUUUACGGUGGAGCGAUUCGUAGCCGUUCUCUAUCCGCUGAGGAGACAGGCCGUCUGCACUGUGGCGAGGGCUAGGGCAGUGUUGUGCGGACUUAUAGCACUAGCAUUGCUCCACAGUGCCCCAUUACUUCUUUUCUCACAACCGAUAUAUAAGAAAGAGUUGAACGCAACUAUAUGCGAUGUAGCGGAAGAUUAUCGCGAAGCCGCCAGCGUAUUUAAUACUCUCGACACUGUAGUGGCAUUCCUGGUGCCACUUACUAUAAUAGUGGUACUAAAUUCCUGCACCGCUUGUGCAGUGUGGAGAUUAGCGGGUAUCAGGCGCUCCAUGACAGUUACGGGCAGAGGCGGCAGCAGAUAUUUUUGCGAGGAACGCGACGCCUUACAAGGCAUACCAUUUCCUGGAACCACAACCGUAUGUAAAUUGAGAAGAAAAAAACCUGUCACCAGCAACUCCUGCAGUAGCCAAAUGAAAGUGACAAAGAUGCUAUUGAUUGUAUCCACCGUAUUUGUUUGCCUGAAUCUUCCAUCGUACGUCAUGCGACUCAGAGCAUUCAUUGAGAGCGAUGAACCGCCAAGUCGAACGACAGUCAUAAUUCAAUACUAUUGUGCAAUAUUUUUCAAUACAAACUUCGGCAUAAAUUUUGCUCUGUAUUGUGUAAGUGGGCAAAAUUUCAGACGUGCUGUAGCUUCCAUGUUAUGUCCCAGUAGGACAAAUGACUGGUACAGGAGCAGGCAGAGUGCUCUGGACAUCGAUUUGUGA